GGGGGAGAAGCCCCUCCACCUAACACCAAACGCAGACGGGGGGGGGGGGAGAUGUCUUCUGUCUCUCCCACUACCGCGAUUCCCAGCGUGGUAGCGACGAUCAAGCAAGAGAACGUAUUGGAAAUGUUCUGCGGCGGGGUGACGGAGAAGGUAACCUCGGACGGCUCGGCUCCCGCGUCUGCACCACCUUCCGGACUUGCAGCGGCAGCUCCUUUUGCAAGGAAGGAAGAAGCCGGGGAAGAGGAGGACGACGAGGAGGAAGCAGCCGGUCGGGUUGUGGGUCAGGUUCUACUCCACUCGGAACUUUUGGGGCGGAAUCCCGGCGCUGUUGCCGCCGCGUCUCCCUUGUCCUUGGCUUCGCCUCGGUCCUCCUCCUCGUCCUCGUCGUCGUCUUCCACCUCGCCCCAAGCUCUGCUCGCUUUCUCCCCGGACCACGUCGCUUGCGUCUGCGAGGCUUUGCAGCAAGGCGGGAACCUCGACCGCCUGGCCCGGUUCUUGUGGUCCCUGCCCCAGAGCGACCUGCUACGUGGCAACGAGAGCCUGCUGAAAGCCCGGGCGCUGGUGGCUUUCCACCAGGGGCUGUACGCGGAGCUCUACGGGAUUUUGGAAAGCCACAGCUUCGACGCCGCCAACCAUCCUCUCCUGCAGGAGCUCUGGUACAAGGCGCGCUACACCGAGGCGGAGAGGGCCCGCGGCCGAGCCCUGGGCGCCGUCGACAAGUACCGCCUGCGCAGGAAGUUCCCCCUGCCCCGCACCAUCUGGGACGGCGAGGAGACGGUCUACUGCUUCAAGGAGAAGUCGCGCAAUGCCCUCAAGGAGCUCUACAAGCAGAAUCGCUACCCUUCCCCGGCCGAGAAGCGCAACCUGGCCAAGAUCACCGGCCUCUCGCUCACGCAGGUCAGCAACUGGUUCAAAAACCGGCGGCAACGGGAUCGCAACCCCGCGGAGCCGCAGUCCAAAAGUGAGUCGGAUGGUAACCCCAGCACAGAAGAUGAAUCCAGCAAGGGGCAAGAGGACUUGUCUCCACGUUCUCUAGCAAGCACCUCCGAUGGCGGCGCCAGCUUAAGCCUUCCUAGCCCAAUGGAGCAAGUAUAUAUGCAGCAACUUGGAAACUCCAAAAUAUCCUUAAGCUCUUCAGGAGUUUUACUGAAUGGAAACCUAAUGCCUCCCAAUCCAUCUGUUUUUCUUAAUGGUACUUCUUUCAUUCAGGGCCCCAAUGGUCUCCUCCUCAAUGGUCUCAGUAUGGGAACUUCUCAGGCAGUAUCAUCAAGUCCACUCAAAACAUCGCCCAAUGCUUUGAGCAAUGGAGUCUCUAUGGGUGACAUGUUAGUCCCUUCUGCAGAAGAUGUGAAAGACUUCAAAAUCCUCCAGACUUCUCUGUCCAAUUCUGUUGCAUCAUCAACACCCACAACAACAUACAGCCCCAAUUCUGGGCCUGCCUCUUUCCCAGGCUUGACACCAAGCAUGGAAGUAAAGAGGGAAGAAAGCGAAGAAGCAAUAGCAUCGCAAGACAGUGGCUCAGUAGUCACUUUUACCACUCCAAUCCAAAUCAACCAAUAUGGCGUUGUCCAAAUCCCUAAUUCAGCAAACAAUGGCCAGUUACUUAAUGGAGGCCUCAGUUUUUCCCCAGUGCAGCUUCCCCCAGUAUCGGCAGCAACUUCCCGAGGUAGUGUUUCCAUUAACCAAGGCACAACAAGCAAUGGCACAUUUACUACUGACUCUACAACAGCACAACAAGGGAAAGUGUUUUUCAGCUCCCUUGCUCCCAGCACUGUGGUGUACACCAUCCCAAACACCAGCCAGGCAGUUGAGCCAGUGAAACAGGAAGGACUGGAAACGAGCCUGGUGUUUUCUCAAGUCAUGCCCCUUGGUCAAAAUGCCCAACUUCAUGCUAGUCUACCUUCAGACAACUUACCCAAUGGGGUCCUCCAGCCAGGAGGAACCUCUUCCUUAGUUAACGUGACUAUAUCACAUAACUUUUCCCUUGGACCACCUUCUCUUUUAAAUGCAGAAGAACUCAACUCAGCCAUUUCUGAGAGUCCACCAAUGCAACCCUCCACAACAAGUGGAGCAACUGUUGUUUCCAUUAGUAAUGCAAACUAUGCAACACUUCAGAACUGCUCCCUCAUCAGCAGCCACGACCUGGUGUCCAUAUCUCCAGUGCAGCCAGCGCUAACAGGGAUCGGUGGGGUAGCAGGCAAUGACAUGGGAUCCCACCUCUCUUUGCAAGGACAUCCCCAUUUCACUCGAGAACAGCGGCUGAUCCUGCAAUCCAUUCCCACUCUAAAGGAAAACUUUUUAUCUGAUUCAGAAAGCAGAUCAGGAAGCAGUUCGGUGAUGCUGGAUCCCAAAACCAAGUAUGUUACUAGCAAUAUAGUCGAUGCACUCUGUGAAGAACUGGGGACAGACAAGAAACAACUGGCUAAACUCCAGACAGUACAGAUGGAAGAAGAUAUGCAAGACUUGUAAAAAAAAAACCCUUAAGUUUAAUAAUCUUGUAUUUGCAUUUCAGUAGAGAAAUCUCUCCCUUUGAAGGCUAGAAGCACAGCAGUGGAUUUUUUUCCCCAUAGGCACAUAGAACAGUAAAAAAUGCAUAGUUGAAGAAGAAUCCAGUUACUAAAAGGAGGUCUUCACUAAGAAUACAAAGUUGCCAUGCAAAGUUUGCAUGAAUGCUAACUUUUGUUACAGCCUGAUCAAAAGGAAUUAUACAUGGAUGGAAAGGAAAUGCCAGUCAAAUAUGAGAUGGUUUGGCUUACCCAAGUAGCUCCUUUGGACAGGGAGAGUUUCAAGGUAAUUUCAGAAUGUUUAUUAACCAAUAGUUAUUGGUUAGGAACAAGAUUUUCUUUCUAAAAAAAGACUGGAACUAAAAGAGAAAAUGCAUACUGUUUUUGGGUCUAGAUUCAAUUUUACUUACAGAUGGUGGGCAUUGAGAAAGUGAUAUUUCAGUUUUCAACUUUAAAGGAGUACUUUAGGCAAUACCUCACAAGCUACUAUUACCUUCUUUUGCGAGCACAAUUGCAAAUACUCUCUUGGGUGUGUGUGUGUGUAUGUAUGUGUGUUGUUAAAAGUUUUCCAUCAGAAUACCAAUGUUCUGCAUUCUCAAUUUUUAUAGUUUUUGAAAUGGUGCAAGUUUUCUUUGUCUGAUUUGAACUGGUGGGGGAGAGGAAGAAAACAUUUUGCCACUUGAAAUUAUGCAACCCAGAAUCUUUGGCUCUGCCACCUAUGUAAAUAUUGUUUUAAUUGUGCUAAUGAGAAUUGUUUUUAUUAGUAGGAUGAUUCUAUUUAUAAUCAUUGGUGUCCAUUUUAUCAUUUUGAGAUAUGAGCAGUUUAAUUUAUUUUUUUUCUUUCUGUAUUUUUGAACAGGAAAUUAUUUCUGCCUAAUUUUAAAGAUUUCUUUCCCUGAUAAAGCUUCGUUAAUUGAUUUUCUUUCCUUUUUUGGUAACAAUUUGGACUAGACUUAUGUUUGGCUAUGAACAAAUGCAUUUAUAGAUUUUAGAACAAACCCUCAUAAAAGUUAUUUCUGUUUUAGCUUUAGAUAAUUUACAAAGUUUGAGGAUGGCUGCUAAUUGGUUUUUUUUUUUUUAAUCCUAUGUGCCUUUCUUCCUAGUGGCCUUAAAUCCUUGUUCUAACCAGCACAGUUGUUAAGCAGUGAAAGAGUCUGCCUAGAACAGUAAUAAAUUCCUCCUCGCUGGAGGUUUUCAAACAGGCUGGAUAGUUAUCCUCCAAAGAUGAUUUAAUUGAAUCCUGUACUGAAGGGAGGGUUGGACUAGAUGAUCCAGAAGGUCCCUUCCACAUAUAUUCUAUGAUUCAUCAAUAUAGGAAAAGAAAAAUCUGUCUGACAGCAAUCAAAACAGUGGUCCUAAUUCCUUUACAUAUGCAAGAUUCCCUUGAAAACUCCAUUGCUCUGAUAAAUCAGGGAUGAGAUUUCCAUACUAGUAGGUGUGAAAUAAAUGCAGGAUACCUCUGAUAGAUGGUAUGUUGCUUAUAAAUAUUCAAAGUAUGUUCCUUUCUUCCUCCAUAUUCCAUACCCAACUUGUUGAAUUGCAAUGGUUUGGCAAAAAGAGAUUAUGCUGCCAUUCAUUCAGCCUUUCUGCAUGUAGGACGUGCCUACAGGUCUAAGAAAGGAUGACUGCAAUAUACCAAACUCAAAAUAAAAUCUUGCUUCAUCACUUUGAAGGUAAUAGGAACCCUUGAGAAUCUUUUCUUUUGGAGAAAAUCCAUUUUGAUUAAAAGAAUCUCAGAUGUAUGAAAUAUUGUUAGAAGCUAAAUUUCAGAUAAACAAUGCUGGUAGUAUUUUAGUAUAUUGGAUUUGGGUAAAAAUCAGUGAUAUAACUGAAUGUAAGACUCUCCUUUGACUAAGUGCUUUUUGUGAUAGUGAUCAUGCACAAAAGCAUUCUCUCAAUCUCAUUUCUACCUUGUCUCUUUUUGCAAUAUAACAAAGAUGAAGAAGAAUGAUCUAGUCAGGUUAUCUCAAGAACCUCUGCAGAAAUAGAACAAGUACUUUCCAAAUCCACCAUAUAGUAAGAACCUGAAAGAUAAUAGGCUAUUUGUUUUACGUCCUUCUUCCCUCUUGUUUUAUUUAAUGAGGUGAAAAGGAUUGCCUUACUAGCUUUUAACAGUCUGCCUGGAUUACCAGUUAGUGCAAUUUCCAUCAACUGAAAAAUCUUAUCUUUCAGCAAAGGCUGACAGAAUGUGCAUACAUUGGAAGAAAGCUUUUGAGGUAUGAAUGAGUACCACCAUGUAGUCGUCUUCUUGAGUUGUUCAAUACAGACAUCCUACUUGGAUCUCUCAUGUUUAUUGCUUUUCCUGCACAUAGAAAAAAUAAGUUUCAUGGCUAUUUUGAUUUGGCAGAGAAAUUGCUUUCCUAUCAAUAUCUAAUUUUCAAACACAAAAUAGUAUAAUCUACACAGGAUUCUGCUGUGUAUGUAAGUGCUCUGCUUAAGUUGCUGAAAUGUAGAGAUCCAUCUUAAAUGAAUAAGACAGUAAGUUAAGUGGUUGCACCUAAGACCGUCCUGAUGAAAAGCAUCUCUGGCUACUUUCAUUUAAAAGAAUAUAGUAGCUGCAAAACGGGGGCUGGUUGGUGGUGAUGGUGUAGUAGAUAUAAUUGCUCCGAUCAGUAGUAUUCCUACUAUCAGAGAGAGGCUGAGCCACAUAGUUAAUUGAUCAUCUGUUCUGAGAAGAGUAAGUUGUCCUUCUGUAUGUGAUCUAAAUUAAUACAAUUUUAUAGUUUCAGGAAAUGUGUAAGAACAGUAUCCAAGUUGUUGUCUAGUCUGGUAUUUUGAAGAGAUUCACACUGUUUCUCUAGUAAAAUAUAAAACUGCUUAGCAGAAUUGUGGAACUCAUAGGCCUGUAAUUCAGAAAAAUUAUCCUUUUCACUUUAGCAGCUCUUCCUUUUCAGAAAUCAGGAUAGCUUCCUAGGAUUUAAAGGAAUCUAUUUAUAAAGGAAAAGCAAACUUAUGAAUUGCUGGUUCCCACAACCAUUUUUGAAGUGAAAAAAUGUAUUAGGUAGUAGGCUACUUUGCUGUGCAAAAUGUGAGGGGGAAAAAUUGCCCACAGGAUGGAUUUUUCAUUUCGGAAAUCUGCAUGCGUUUUCCAAUUGCUAUGAAUGCAUCCUAGAAACUAUGAUAAAAGAAACCAAACAGGUUUGAAAUUCCCAACUUGAAAUAAUUGUCUUGAAAAAACAGGGAUCCAGUUUCAAAAGCACUAAGGUCCUCUCCAAAUGUGGCAUUCCCACCACAUCUCCCCACCGAUGUGAUUGCAUACUGCCUUCAAUACUGUUGGGCCGAAGAAUUUCUGGUUUAGCAAUGGCACUGCAGAUAUUCUUGCCUUGGCCCAGCUCUCUUCCUUUCCCACCUGAGGUUAAAAAGACAUCAGGCCACAGCACUGUUUCCCUGUCUUUGUAACAUGAGGGGGAACCAACUUAUGAACACAUACCUGUGAAGUUAGGAAGCAAGUUGGGGGAUGUGUUGGCUGAACACAGGUUUCUGCAUUCGCCAGUUCCUUAGCUGAAGAGGAUACAAGAGCUGUUCAACUGAAAAAAUCACAGGGCUCUAUGAAUUGGUUUGUGAUGGUUUGGAGGUGAUCAUGAUGACUCUGGAGAAAGGCUCUGUGAUAAAUGAUAAAUGUCUUGGUUUCAUGUACGCAUGCUACUUUCUUCCAGGUUAAACAUUAAAUCAUUUUGACUGCUUUUUAUAAUUAUGCCUGCAUUUCUGUUUGUAACAAUUGUGUAUCCAAAAGUGAACAUCCCCUCAUCUAAACCAGUGAUUCCCAACCUUUUCUUCACCACGGACCACCUUUAAAUACCUUUUGUGGCCACAGACCCCCAGGACCUAACUCAAGAUUUAAAUCAUAACAUUUCUUCAAGCCUUUGUGGACUACCUAUGACGCAUUGUGCGCCUCCCCCAGGGGUCCAUGGACUACAGGUUGAAAACUACUGAUCUAAACAAUUAGAAAAACCAUUCAUUCUUUUUACAUGUUGAUGGACGCAUAAAUCUAUCUAUACUAUAUGAAAAACUGGAAGAAAUUGGGUGACAUGACAAAAAUUGAGCUUUGAAUCAUAUUUUUGUUCUAGAUUUCUCCAGUAUACAAUAUUUUAAUUCGCAUUCAAGCUACUCCCCGUAUGAUGUCAUGGUCAUCAAAAAUUACUUGGAAGAAGUGUUUCACAACUCACAGGAACGUAACAUUAAAGCUAUCUUACCUCUUUUCCAGCCUUCCAGGUAAGGCUGAAUAAAAGGUGACACUUUUUAAAGAGUGAAAACUUAUUGGGACACUUAAAUAAUCACAACAUUUUGCCAGACUUGUAUUGACACCUAAAACAGUUGAGUUAUUUUAUUGUAUAAUUUAUUUUCUCUAUUAUAUUUUGCCCAAAUGAAAAAGAAAAAUUGAACAAUUUUGGAAUUCUGCAGCAAAGAUAUCAAUAGAGUUGAAAGGAACCAUUUGGAACAUCAAUUCCAAUCCUAUGUUUAAUAUAGUGAUCUGGAUUAAAAUAUCCCUGACAACUGUCUAUUCAGCCUCUGCUUUAACUAAUCCUUCCUUGAUAAUCGGAAUCAAUAUUUUUCCUUUUAAUGAAAACAGAAUGCAAGUUGAACAUGUUCAUAAAUUUCUAAUUUUCUGAUCUUUCUUAGUGCCUUUCUCUAAAUCUGUUCCAGUUUAUCUAAAUCCUUUAUAAAGUAUGGUGCCCAGAACUGGAGACAUUAUUUAAGAUAUGUUGACCAAUGCAAAAUAAAGAAAAAUUGUCAGUUUUUAAUUUGGAAACUUUAUUCUUUUGAUUCGGCCUACAAGGGCCUUUUGUUUUCUUUGCAGUAAUAUCAAACAAUUGUCUCAUAGUGUUUCUUAUCAAUUGUAAUUCCAAGGUUUUUCUCACAAAUAAUAUUGCCAAUACUACACAUUUGAUUUCUGCUUCGUCUUCUGUUACAUUUCACUCUGUUGUUUUCAGGCCCAUUUCCCUAACUUUUUCAGAUUAUUUUGAAAUUUAGGGGGGGGUUUUGGGAGGAUAUUAGCUUUUUUCUACAACCUACUGUUGUGUCAUCUACAAAUUUAACAAGCACCGCCAUCUCAUCAUCCAAGCCAUUCAUAAAAGUAUUGAACAGUUGAGGGCCCAGUGUGAAGCCUGUGGAAUCCUAUUCAGCUCCCUUCAGUUUAAUGUGGUUUGCUAGUAAAGAAUGUAAGUUAUCCUUUGAUCAUUAGGUAUAUCUCAUAGUAACCAGCCUUCAGUAAAUGGCUAUUGUCCAACUUACUACAAGUAAGCAAGAAUCUGUUUGUGGGAGGAAUAAAGCAGUCUUUCUUUGCUGUUAUCAGGAGAAUGGAUGUUACUCAAGGUAGUGAAGGUUUUGAACUAUGUCUAAGCUGUUUCCGCAGUUCAUCACUCAGCAGUUGUAUCUUAAAAGGAUAGAUUGACAUAUGUUUUCUAAAUUUCUUGUAAUAUUUUAAUAACUUAAUUUUAUACUUCUCAACUUAAGAAAGAAAAGCAUGUGAAUAUUUCAGUCUUUGGCAUUCAGCUUGGACAGUGUCCAUUUGUUGCCCACACUUGUAUGCUUGGAACAAAACUUAUUUUGGUAAAUCAAUAUGGUUUUGAUUGUGCCUUAUGACAAAAGAAGAAAUUACAUGGAAUGUAGAUAUUAGGAGGCAAGGGUGUUGCUGCACUGUUAAGGAAUGAUAUAUUGCAUUUCUGGAGAGAUUGCUGUACUUUGCUCUCAAACCAAAGAGAUUGGAAAAUAUGUAUGUAUGUUAUACUGAAUAGAGCAGUGUAUCUCAACCUUCACAACUUUAAGAUGUGGUUAGGAUUUGAAGACCACAUAUUUUCAAGUUGUCUCAGUUGAGAAACACUGAUGUAGAAGUUUGUGCCUGGAAAAUUGUGUUUUUGUUUGUAUUCUAAAAUGUGAACUUAUUUUUCUAAACAAUAUAUACUGAA